AUGAGCCUCGAGCGCCACAGUCAGCCUCCGUUCCUUACUGCAGGCACAGGUGUAGAGGUGCUAGCACCACUGGACCCCUGCAAGGACAUCAACGCGGCUGCAUAUGAGCAGACGCGACCAACGCGUCCAGGCCAACGGCAAGCCCAAUGGCAAAGGGCAAAGUCUCACUCUGGCGCCAUACCCUCUAAGCCGCCAGCACGACCACCUGCCCCCGUCUCCGCCACCACCAAGAACAAGUUGUCAAAGUUCCAAUUCCAGAAGCCAGCAACUGAGCAGUCCGAAUCCAUCUCCAAUCUUGACUCCAUUCCUGAGAACCAAGAGAGGGCAUCAGCCGGGCAAACCACCAAUGCUCUUGAGAAUGGCGAUUCCAACAAGGAGAACCUUCAAAAAGGAGGGCCAGAUCCAGCAGGAAAAGGAUCACUGCCUGGCCAACAGCAUCGUGCUACAGUAACGCCCGUCAGCAGAUUGGCCUGGCAGGACCUCAUGGGCGUGACCGAUGCAGAGAAGCAGGAAGAUGAUACCUCGCCAACGGAGCGCCUUCUCUGGCACAACGAUCGUGAUGAUACUGCCGACAUGAUCUCGCCCCUUGUCCCGCGUCGGGGUAAGAAGCGCGCCAGGAGCUCGUCACCCAUAUCUUCCCCGGCUGGCGACAAAGUACGAACACCGGUCGUCAAUGUGAAAAAGCUCAAGAAAGCUUUGAAGUCGGAGCAUGCAGACCCGGCGCUCGAUCUAUGGGAUCGCUUCGCUGUUGGCGGCACUGCGGAUAGUAAGAGCCCGUUGGGGGCUACAAACCCGGCCCUUGCCCACCUCAUGGUCUCCUCUUCCCCUCGGCCGCCAAAAGAUGGAAGCCCAAAUCACGCUGAAAGCAGUCUCAGAAGAGCGAUAAGUUGCGGUUCUCAUUGGCCGAAACGACGUCGGGUCGAGACUGCGUCGGAAUCCGGCCCAGUCAAAGAGACUGAGGAAAAUACCAAGUCCUCGAUGGUGUCAGCUCUUCUCGAGACAGUCAAUGGGGAAAUUAGUAAGACUGAAUACGCUGAGAAAGACCCUCCCGGCAUGGAGUCGCCGUCUGUUAAAAGAAAACGGUCACCCAAAAAACAGAGAUCACUCCCUCGCCCGCCAGUAUUACCGGAGCCAUUCGAGCUUGAGAGCGCAGCACCACCGCAACGCAAUGCUUUCCAUAACGAGGCGAAGAAUGGCGCGAGAACACCAACCUCGGAUUAUGGAGACGAUGAUUUCGAUGACGAUACACUUUUGGAACUUGAUGUCUCCCUGCUUAGUGGACAGACUGAGACUCGAACGUUCUCAGGAGCGGCGGCGACUCUUGCAGACGCGGACGUGCAGGAGGCCGAAGGGCGAGGUACCAAGCAGGUAACGCCUUCGGAUGAGGAAUUUGAUGAUAUGGAUGACGAUCUACUGGCUGCGGCGGAAGACAUGAUCGGAAGUGUCGAACCAAGCCUCACUACACAACCCGCUCGACCUCCACCAGCCGAAUCAAUUCAGCUUGAUGGCGGUACGGAGGAUGACGAUCAAUUUGGUGAUGACUUUGGUGGAGACUUUGAUUUCGAAGCCGCGGAGCUUGCCGCUACUCAAACAGCUGGUCAAACAGAUUCAUCGUUAACGCACGUGAGUCACAAGCCGACCGCAAUUCAACGAUACCUAGUGAUCAAUGUGCUUGAGAACACAUAUUCGGAUGAACGAGGGCGAGAAGCGCCUGAGGUGAUCCUGAUUGUUCAAGCCGAGAGACUCAAGACCACCAAGACGGUCCAUCUCCGAGGGGACUGGGUUGACACACCAGUCCAUCCUAAAUCUCACGUACACAUCAUUGGCAGCUUUGGAUCCAACGGGAGAUGCGUCAUCGACAACAAUCAAAACAUCCUGAUCCUCCAUCCGGAUCAAUUGAUUUCGGCUACCGUUGUUGCUGACUCCUUCAGCUGCAUGCGGCGAGCCGUCUUACAGGAUCGAGUAAAGGCUACAAGUGAGGCUUCGGCCCCGCUUGUAUACGGCACAAUUCUGCACGAGAUCUUCCAAGAGGCACUUGUAGCAAACAGCUGGGACCAAGCCUUUCUGAAUGGCGUGAUCGAGAAGGCGAUGAAGAAGCAUAUCGAAGACCUGUAUACCAUAAAGGUCAACUUCACUGAUGCCCGUGAGCACCUAUCCUCGAAGAUGCCCGAGUUACGAGGCUGGGCCGAGAAGUUCGUUUCUUCGUAUCCCAAGCCAGAUGCUGUCGCCCAUGGUCGGAACAACGAGAAGACUAGUGUAUGCGUCAGCAAGUUACUCGACAUCGAAGAACAUGUCUGGUCACCUUUAUACGGGCUUAAGGGGAAUAUCGACGCCACCGUCCAAGUAACUGUCAAGAACAGUCAAGAGAGACGAACUCUGACCGUUCCUUUCGAAGUCAAGACCGGCAAGAACGUCAGCGAGAACCACCAAGCUCAGACAAUGCUGUACAACCUUCUCUUGUCGGACCGAUACGACAUCGAAAUUGUCUACGGCAUCUUAUACUAUAUGGAAACAUCACUGACAAAGAUCAUUCCUGCCGUACGCAACGAGCUACGCCACAUGAUCAAACAGCGCAACCAGCUCGCCGUCUACAUCCGUGAACGCAGCGUACAACUUCCGCCGAUGAAGAACAGCAAGCAUGCAUGUGGCAAAUGCUAUGCUCAGACCUCUUGUUUCACGUACCACAAACUCGCCGACGAUGGGGACGGGGAUUCAAGUGGUCUGCAAGAAAAGUUUGAUCAGAUUGUCAAACACAUGACGCCAGUCCAUAAGGACUUCUUCCUGAAGUGGGAGGAUCUGCUGACGAAGGAAGAGAAGGAGAGCCAGAAGCUCCGUAGAGAGCUCUGGACGAUGCUCAGCGUGGAGCGUGAAAAGCUUGGCAGGUGCUUCGCCGACGUGAUCAUCGAGGAAGGCUCAGCCUCGGAGGAUACGCAUAGUCAAAAAAUCAACCGCUUCCACUAUGCAUUCAUCAAGGAAGAUGCAGCACCUGGGUUCUCCUUCGCGGAUUCGCAAAUCGCCGUUGGAGAGCCCAUUGUGGUGUCGGACGAGCAAGGACAUUUCGCUCUGGCACUUGGGUUCGUCACAGCAGUGAGAAAGCAGCGGAUCAGUGUGGCUGUUGACCGAAGGCUUCACAACGCCCGCAUACGGCAGCCUGGAUUCGACAAGCGAGAUAAUCAGGUCUACGCCAGCAUCAUGGAGGUUGUCCCAGAAGGAGUGCCUCCCGAGCAAUCCCAAGGCAGAAUCAAGGAGCCUCCAAUCCGAUACAGGUUGGACAAAGACGAAUUCAGCAACGGCAUGGCACUGGUCCGGAAUAACAUUGUAUCAAUCAUGGCAGACGUUCAGUUCGGGUCUGAGAAGAUUCGGCAAUUGGUAGUGGAUUUGGAACCGCCAACCUUCAAGUCGGCGGCGACGCAAUACACUAUAGCCGACAAGAACAGUUUGAACGUUGACCAAAAGAAAGCCAUCGAGAAGGUCAUGAGUGCCAAGGACUACGCUCUUGUUCUUGGUAUGCCCGGUACUGGAAAGACGACGACCAUAGCCCACAUAAUACGGGCAUUGGUGGCUCAGAAGAAGAGUGUUCUGCUCACCUCAUACACCCACACGGCCGUUGACAACAUUCUACUUAAACUCAAGCACGACGAUAUUCCCGUCCUCAGACUAGGUGCGCCUGCUAAGGUCCACCCUGAGGUCCAAGACUUCGCCAUAUUAGCAGGUCAGCCCAUGGACACCUUUGAGGAAAUCCGCAGUGCCUGGCAUGACACACCCAUCGUGGCAACGACUUGCCUCGGAACGAGCCACGCCAUAUUCAAUGAGCGUACAUUUGAUUAUUGCAUCGUCGAUGAGGCAUCACAGAUUACGCUGCCGAUCUGCUUGGGUCCCAUCCGGAUGGCACGAACUUUUGUUCUCGUCGGCGACCACAACCAACUGCCACCUCUCGUCCAAAAUGAGGAGGCUAGACUUGGCGGCUUGGAUAUCAGUCUAUUCAAACUCCUCUCCGACACUCAUCCCGACUCAGUCGUCAACCUGGAGCACCAGUACCGCAUGUCCGAGGACAUCAUGACGCUGAGCAAUACGCUGAUCUAUGAGGGCCGACUCAAGUGCGGGACCGAGGAACUGCGACUGCAAAAACUCGAUGUCCCCAACAUGGACGGGCUGCGCAGACACCACUACGAUGCCACAACACUUGUCUCUUCCCAGACAAACUCAUUCUGCACAGGCAUGGGAGCGUGCUGGCUGCGCGAUCUGGUGGACCCAGAGACGCGCGUCAGUUUCGUCAACACGGACGCUCUGCCAUCGUCGCGAGAAGAAGCCAAGGGUAACCGAAUCGUCAACCCGUGCGAGGCACGUAUUGUCGUGCAGCUCGUGGACGCCUUGCUCACAGUCGGCGUCCCGGCCACCGAGAUUGGCGUGAUGACACACUACCGUUCCCAAUUAUCGAUGCUCAAGCACGGCCUGCGUGGCCGCGGCACCAACAGCGGUGGUAUCGAGAUGCACACUGCGGAUCGCUUCCAGGGCCGUGACAAGGAGGUGGUUAUCCUGUCACUCGUCAGAUCGAACGAGGCAUGCAGUAUUGGAGAUCUACUCAAGGACUGGCGAAGAAUCAACGUCGCUUUCACGCGCGCCAAGACCAAGCUGCUAGUCGUGGGUAGCCGAAGCACCCUCAAGGGCAGUGGGUGUGAGGAGAUGCUGGCGCGAUUUAUCGGGCUGAUGGAGCAGCGGCGCUGGAUCUAUGACCUGAAGCCAGACGCGCUCGAUGAGCAUUACUUCGAAGAUACGGGCACGCAAAUUACGGCUACUGCGGCGACCGGGAUGGGCGGCAGUCCGGUCGACAAGGCCAAGAAGCAGCUGAACAGCACGGGUGUACUCUGGAGCGAGCCUGGAAGGAAACAGGCGUUGCUUCCGGCAUUCAAGCAGCCGAAGAAGAAGAUCCUAGGGAGCAGCCAGGGUGGCAAGGAGAACCAGCCGCCACAUGGGGCUGGGCCGAGAAAGGCUAAGAUUGACGAGAGAGUGUUACUGAAGGGGAAGCCGAAUCUGGCCAACAUUCUGAGCGAGAUGACUGGGAACACAUAUUAG